AUGUCAACUAAACGUAUGUGUGAUACUAGCAAGGUAAUUGAUUACUCUCUCAACAAUUCUGAUGUCGUCGAAAAGUAUAAGACUGCUGGAGCCAUUUCCUCUGCUGUAUUGUCCGAGGUAAGAAAAGCUGUCAAAGACGGAUCCAAGAUCUUCGAUAUCUCGGAAUUAGGUGACAAGAUUAUGGAAGAAGAGCUUCUGAAAGUUUACAAUUCAAAAAAGAACAAAACAAAGAAGGGUAUUGCUUUCCCAACUUGCGUUAAUCCAAACAAUAUUCCAGCACAUUUAUCACCAGAAUCUGCUGAAGAUGAUGCAAACUUAACCCUCAAGAAUGGUGACGUUGUUAACAUUAUGCUUGGUGUUCAGAUUGAUGGAUUUCCUGCUAUCGUUGCGGACACUUUGAUUGUUGGCGAAAGUUCCGAGGAACCUAUUGUCGGGGUGAAAGCUGAUUUGCUUCAUGCCGCAUGGAACGCAUCUGAGGCUGCUAUUAGGACUUUCAAGCCAGGCAAUAGAAACUUCGAUGUUACCAAUGUUGUGGAUAAAAUUGCUAAGGACUUUGGAGUAACCGCAGUCCAAAGCAUGUUAACCCACAACCAGGAGCGUGACGUCUUGUAUGGUCCAAAGGAGGUGAUUUUGAACCCAGCUAAAGAACACAAAAACAAGAUGGACACCCAUAGGUUUGAAGAGUUGGAAGUGUACGGUUUGGAUAUAUUAAUCUCCACAUCAUCAGAUGGAAAGGUCAAGAAGUCGAACUUCAAGACCACUUUGCACAAAUUGACAGGUAACAACUACUCAUUAAAGUUGAACACUUCUCGUUUAGCAUUAAAUGCUUUCAGAGAAAAGGUUCUGGGCAACUUUCCUGCCAAUGUCAAGAUUUUUGAUGAUCCAAGAAAGGUGCGCGUGGGCUUGAUUGAAUGCAGCAAUCACGAAGUCGUCUUGCCAUAUGAUAUCAUGGAAGGCGCAUCUGAUUCGUUCAUUGCCCAGUUUUUCACUACUAUUGCAAUCACCAAGACAGGCGUUGCCAAAUACACCACCCCAUUCUUUAACCCUGAGUUGUACAAGACUGACAAAAAGGUUCAGGACGAGGAUCUUGCCAAAGUCAUUGCUGAACCUUUGCCUGAGCCUAAGAAGAAAAAGAAGAAGUCUGCAAAGAAGAUUCUAAAACGAUCUGAGGGAGGACCAUAUAUUGAAGAUGUUUUUUUGUCUUCCGAUUCUGCUCCGGCAACUCGGAAAAAUCCGCUUUAUUCUGGAAGGUCCGACCUGUCGCAAGACAUAGGUACCAAGAAAGUUGGAAGACCAGGCGAGUUUAUAGAGCCUGAACUUGCAAACCCACAGCCUGGCUACUCAGGCUAUCCAUUGGAGGCUCUUCCUCCGCAACACAAGAUUAAACGCCCAACUUCAGGCAACCCACGAGGUAGGAAACCGAAGGCUGAUCUGCUUCGAUCGACGCCCACACCGAGUGAAGCAGACACUGAGGAGGUCGAGAAUAAGUAUCGGGCUCAGCUUGAGACGCCGAAAUCUGAAGUUGUCCUGUCUGCAUCUGAGAUACGAACUCCUUUGAAAGGCAAGAAACGAGGCCGAAAACCAAAAUGGGCGACCAACUCAGACGUGGCUUCUUCACCCUCGGGCCUCAAAAUAAGAAUUCCGGCCACUCCAAAGUCAAAGAGGGCCGCAGAUAGCCUGAGUGGUCCGGGCUCAUCGUCUGGAUCUCGUGUCAAACGAAUCAAAAUCACUUCUCCAAAGAAGCAGCCAACAGUAGGCUUGGCACCAGCGACUGACUUGGCUCCCGAGUCUGACGACUCGAACACUAAUGACGACUUUUGCUCUACAUGUGGUGGAACCGGGGUUUUUAUUUGCUGUGAUACUUGCCCUAAGUCUUUCCAUCUACUAUGUUGUGAGCCACCCAUCCAAGACAUACCCGAAGAGAAUUGGAGUUGCAAUGAAUGCCGAGCGGCCCAAGGAAUUGAUUCAAGGAGAUAUUUUAACGAUUGCGGUAUGUUUGGCCCCCUUAUCAAUUCGAUGCAUGCUCGUAAUCCGACCGAAUAUAAAUUGCCAAAGAAACUUAGGGAUGCCACAUUCAUCGGUGUGACUACCGGUCCGGAUGACAACUAUACUGAUUCGCAUUUAAAGCCCGAACUUUCCUACAGCAAAGUGAAUGGUUCACAGCUUGUUGGCUACAAUAAGAACGAAGAUUUAGAUGUCGAAUCUCUUUACGAUAAAAGCGGCCGGCCGUUUUUGUGCCACCGGUGUAGGGAGUCAGGCCUCAAACGGAGAACUUUGGUAUCAUGCGACUAUUGCCCUCUACAUUGGCAUUUGGACUGCUUGCCUGAGCCAGUUUCUCUGGCAAAGACGAUUGGUCUCAAAUGGAGAUGUCCCAACCACGUGGAGAAUCUUGUUCCUAUAAGCUGGUCUGAUAGAAGAUCCUUUAGGGAUUCCGCAGUACUUGAUUCAGGUCUUCAUUCAAACUUUCUUAAGAUAUUGGAGGCUAGCAACUUUUUAGUGAAAUUUGAGGAUCAGGGGUACAUCCGUGAGAACAAGCAGCCUACUUUAUCUGAUUAUAUUCUGUUCGAGAAAGAAGAUUUCAUAUCAAACAAGUCAGAUUAUAUGGCAAAAUAUUCAUCAAAAUAUGACGAUGCUCUGGAGUCUGAAAACGAUGAGGAUACCGUCCACAAUUUCAAAAAUCCCGAUUACCUAGAGAAUUACACUGUGGGUAACAAGGUGGUUGCGAAGUCAUCAAAGAAGCUUGCUCGGGUGUUGCUUAUGACAAAUGCAGAUGAUAAAGAUCAGAAACCCUUCAUUUAUCGUGUACCAGAACGACAAGUUCUUCUCGAUUUUCUCUGCAAGGGUAGCAGAUCGUGCAAGGCUUCAGUACUUGAUGAAUUGGAUAUUUAUCAACUGAGAAUACGUUCGGAGAAGUCUAAAGAUGAAGAAGCGGUAGACAAUCUACGUUUUCUUAAUGAGCACGAGAACAGGCCUCCGAAGCUGGAAAUAUCGCGGGAUUCUCUCAAUCUAGAUGAGCUUGUUGCAGUAGCUACCAAAAACCAGGACUUGGAGGUUACAAAGGAUCAAAGCAAGGUCAUUGCAGAGUCAGAGAUCGAAGAACUUCGUAAGAUCAGAGCAUUGAUGGAGCUGAAAGGUCGCAAGGCUUUGCUCCAAUUUCUUGAGUCCUAG